GCUGCCAGCAAAGUUGAAACGUAACUGUGUGCAUGUGAACUCAGCGAUAACCUGACCAUUAUGUGAUCACAUUGAGCAUCACGAUGUAUUUGUUUACUUGCUCAAUUGUAUACUUGUCUACUCGGCUUGUUUGAACCCUGAGUGUUGUCCAGAAUGGCCGCUAGACCCUUACAGACCAGUGAGUUGAACUGGUAUGCGAGCAGUGUUAGUCGCCAAGAAUGUCAACAAUGGGUAAACCUGCAGGCCCCGUGUCAGAAAGAAUGAAAUUAAAAGGUAUGUGUGAGGAGGGUGAAGAUCAGACUUUGGUAGAAAUGCGGCAGACUCGAGAGGAGAACGACGGUAGUGUGACAACCAUUAAUUUAUUUGACACUUAUGAAGAUGUUGAUAAAUUGAAAUCACGAGUUCAGGGUAUGCCAAACGAACUUUCGGAGGCCAGUGACACCAAGGAACAUGCAGAUGAUAUCAGUGCAUUAGAUUGUGAUCUAAAAGAAAAUGGGGCACUAGAUAUGCUCCAUAACAACUACGAUAAGGAGAGUGAUGCCAGUCAUUCAAUUUCAAGUUCAGACACCAUAUUGUGCAGUGAAAGUGUUGAUGGUCAGAAUUGUAGCCAAGAAAGUAAUUCAACUGUGUUGAAUGGCAACAGUGUGGACGAUUCAAAUACACCUGGGGAAUCAACAGAGACGUCUGCAGCACAACCAAAGUCAGCCUUUGAUCAAAAUGGUCAUAUUCCUUCUCAAGAUCAAAACAAGAAAGUUCCCAAAGGGAUAAUGUCUGGCCUGGUAAUGUCUCCGAUAACGUUAACACAAGAUGUACCUGUGUCAGUUGGGAGCACUAGCAAUACAAACAGACUCUCUCGCGUGUUAGAAAGUAUGCCUUUACCUUUGCUGUACAUCCCUACAACAAAACAGCUUGUAGCAGGACAGAGUUCUUCUGAUGGUAACAAAUUUGGUAAAAGUCAACUUAAUGAUGGGGAAUCAGAUGUGGGAAAUGAAGAUUCAGUUUGCAAUGGAUCUAGAGAAGGGUCUGUCAAUGGAUCUGAUGUGAAAGAGGCAGGUACUCCAGAUGGUAGUGACGGUAGUGCCAGUUAUGGCCCCGAUUCUUUAGCAGUAAGAGAAGCAGAUCAGAUCACACUACACAGUGUUGAUUGUCUUUUACCUCAUGUAUCCAGUGGAGAUUCAGUUAUGAGAGGAUACACUGAUGUGUCCAGUUUAUCCAGUAUAAGCACUGGGACUGACUUCUCCAUAUCGGCAGCCUCUUUAGGGGAAGAGUAUGGAGAGUCAAAGAGUAUAUCUCUUGAUAUGGAAGAUGGUGGAUUCAUGGAUGUCAAUUUGCAUUCAAGAAACUCCUAUGAACGCUGCCGGAAUGUGUCACAGGACAGUGGUAUUGAAGACAAGGGUGGCAAAUCUAAGCGCAAAACAUUUUCAGGAUUUCUGUCAAGAAAUUUAUUUUCCCGGAAGGCCAAAGAAAAUGCAUCGUCAGAGAGCGCCCCGGGAUGGAAACUGUUUGGUCGUAUCCCUCCCAAAGCUGCCACAGAGAAGGACCCGGUUCAAAUCUCCACCGACUAUCAGGCCAAGCAGAGAGCCAGUGCCCAUUUCCCUGCCAGUCGAACAAAGAAACAAGAUAUAGAAGUUCUCUCCACCACUGCCCUUAUACUGGAGAACAGGCCCAUGAACCUGCCAUCCAAGAAUCCGGAAGAAGCAGAGAAGCAUCGACAAGAGUAUGAAACAAUGGUGGAAGCAGCCCGGAGAAAAGAACAAAAAGAGAUGAAGCAGAAGAAGAGGCAGUUACAGCAGCAGUUACGUCAGGAGGACCAACUGGUGGCCGCAGCCCGCAUCUGGAACAACGAAGUCCUGCCUAACUGGGACACACAGAAAGGCAGUAAGAAGGCACGUGACCUGUGGUGGAUCGGCCUGCCGCCCAACGUCAGGGGGAAAGUGUGGAGGUUGGCCCUCGGCAAUGACCUUAACAUCACUCAGGAACUGUACGAGAUCUGUGAAAGCCGAGCUGAGGACCGGAUCAAACUGAUGCAGGAAUCAGCCAGCGAGUCGUCAGGAGCAACAGAAGUCUCAAAUGAACCUCCGUCCAACAAAGAAGACAGCGUCAAUGUCAUCAAACUUGACGUAUCCAGAACAUUCCCUCAACUCUGUAUAUUCCAGAAGGGUGGGCCAUAUCACGACCUUCUACACAGCCUAUUGGGAGCCUAUGCAUGCUACAGGCCCGAUGUUGGAUAUGUCCAGGGUAUGUCAUUCAUCGCAGCCAUCCUCCUCCUGAACAUGGAUGUGGCAGAUGCCUUUGUUUGUUUCGCCAACUUGCUCAACAGACCGUGUCAAGUCACCUUUUUCCGCAUGGAUGAGGCCAUGAUGAUGGCCUACUAUGACACAUUCACAGAAUUCUUCAGAGAAAACCUGCCUCAUCUACAUGAUCAUUUUGUUGACCAGGCCCUCACACCUAAUCUUUACCUUCUAGACUGGAUAUUUCUAAUCUAUGGCAAGUCUCUACCUCUGGAUGUAGCCUGUCGGGUCUGGGACGUCUUCUGUCGAGAUGGCGAGGAGUUUCUAUUUCGCACAGCUAUAGGAAUUUUAAGGUUGUAUGAAGGGAUUCUAAUCAACAUGGAUUUCAUUCAUCUUGCCCAGUUUCUCACCAAACUACCUGAGGACAUUUCUGCAGACAAUUUGUUCCGCAAUAUAGACACAAUACGUAUGAACAGUGAUAAAAAGAAAUUUGCUCAAGUGCUGUCGAUACACCGUGAGUCCAGAGAAGACUUGUCAUGAGAAUAACUGUGGAAGCGAGUCUUCAGCAAAUGUGAUAUUAACAGAGCUAUCAGAGCUACCACCACUAUCACCCUCGCUCAUGUCCGACCAGGGUCCAAGCAGUCACACUCCAUCCGUACCACACCUUUCAUGGACAAAUGUCGGAACACACCAGAAUGACAGGAAGGUUCAUCAGGGUGUGCUGAGCAGAUCCUGUUCAGCUUUUUCUCUAGUCUUUAUAUGACAAGAUGUAAACAGAUACUUCUUCGAAAUAUUCAGAUGGUGACGUGAAGCCAAAAGAAACAGAUUUUCAGCUUAAAGUGCCAUUCAUGAACAUCUAUCAUUUCAAGAUGCACUGAAUUUUUAUUCAGGCAAGAAACAUUUUCUUUACAUUUGUGAUAUUGUCAGAUUGUGGUUUUUUCAUCAUCUUGAAACGUAAUGAUACAAUCAUGAUAUGAGAUUUUGCAUCAGUUUUGAGUCAAGAGAGCCUUGUAAAUUGAUGUCAGUAGAGUAUGGAAAUAAUUUAUUGUAUUUAAGUAUUUCAGAGUUCCAUUUUGUCUUGCUUUACGUUGAUCGAUGACCUGACCAAUGAGAUUUUGUUACAGAUCUGUGUAAAUAAUCCAGCUAAUGAAAUUGUACAUCCUGUAUUCUAAUUUGUAAGUGAGGUAUUACAUUAAUGUUGAUAGUCAUGGCAUUGUGAUUUAGAUGAGGGAUCAUCACAGAGGUUCAUAGUUCACACUGACUAACAAUAACUCUAUGGGUGGGUAGCCUAAUGAUUUGUGGAUUUGCUCAUCGCCUUGAUGGCUCUGGUUUAAUUGCUCAAUGGGAAUUGUCGCUAAAUCCAUUGUUGCUGUUCCUGAUACUGACACAAUAAGUAGAUGCCUAACACCUGAUUCUAUCAACUGGUAACACUGGCGAGGCAAAUUCAGGAUUUUGUUCGAUUUUUGAAUUUUAAGCUUCAAUUAAAUACUAAAUACAGGAACCUUAUUGGAAAUUUGAUAGUUUAAUGAUAGGAUUACCACCAGAAUAAUAUCACAUUCCAACCGAGAUAGUACUAUUUGUCUGCACUUGAAAUUGUUCCUUUGAAAAUGUGAAAUAUUUUUGAAAGUAUUUUGGAUAAAUUCAAUGCAGGACAUUUUGAAUAGUACUAUUUGUCUGCACUUGAAAUUGUUCCUUUGAAAAUGUGAAAUAUUUUUGAAAGUAUUUUGGAUAAAUUCAAUGCAGGACAUUUUGAAUAGUCUUCUUUGCACUUUUGUGAUGACCCCUUGCUUGUCAUUUGCUUUGUGUAUGUUGUUAAAUAUUUAACAGAAACUAGAUUUUAGUUUUGUUAAAUUUUAAAUUGUUAAGAACUUCUUGGAUCAUAGACAUACAUAAUAUACAUGCAUGACAACAGGGGAUGAUAACAUGUUGACAACUUGAAUUUUGAGACAUUGAUAUGUAUGUUUGCGUUCACAUUGUCUGUACACGUGUGAAUAUAGGCAACACAUAUGUGAGAAUACAACUGACUCUACAUCCAUGGAUAUUCAAGACCACAAUGCAAGUAUUGCCCACUAAUAGAGGAAUCUACAAGUAUCGUUUCUUUCUGAAUUUGGAACAUUCCACCUUUUUGGACAAAUAACCUUUCAGUGUAUAGCAUUGUACCACAGCUGUAGAAGGUGUGCACUCAUAAUAUGCAAUAAUGCAAAUCCUGAAUCAAAUGUAGCAUUGGAGGAUGAAUAAUUAUGUGUUUAAGUUCUUUUAUGAAGAUAAUAAAUGAAAACAUCUGCCGACACUGAGCUCAAUCAAUGAAAAAGCAGGUUAUUUUCAGUACAGAAUAUUAGCAGUUUGAUGACACAGUCUGUCAGUGAUAAGACCUAUCUUGGGUGCAUUUGAAAGAUUAGGGUCUCCAUAAGUUGAGCUAAUACAUAAAAUAUAGUAGUUAAGCCCAGGGCUUAGACUGUUGGCAGCUGAUAAUUCUGAAAUUUAGAUACCCCUGGGGGUAUAUAGGAAAAUUACGUUUUGAUACCAGACACUUUAACAUGGAAACUGUGGAUACUGUUUACUCUGAACAGUGUCCCGAGAAUCAGUUUAUCUAGGCUUCAGAUAUUGCAGAAACUGGAAGUUAUGCAAUUGUAUUGAUGUAUGUCAUUCCGAAAUUAAGUUUACUCUGUUUCUGCACAAAUUCUUUGUAGAACACAAUUUUCGGUGAGAAAAAUACCUGAUGUCAAUAUAUAUUUACCAGGUUAUCUUUCAUCUUUAUGUUUAGAAGAAUACAGUAUCGAAGAUUUUCAUAUCAUGUUUGCAAGAAUUCAUUUUGUGUUUACAAGUAUUGUGUCAUUAAAUGACAUGUUCAUUUGAAUUGUUGUCCAAUGACCCGAGCAACUGAAGCAAAAUAUUGUUCAUAAGAACCCACUUGUUACAAAUUGGCAAUGCAAAUAGUUAUAUUUUUGUAUCUGUUGAUUUUGCUGUAGAAAGCAGAUGUUAUUUUAGAACUGGACAGUUUCAGUUCUUUGACACUUCAUCGUUUCAUAAUAUGGAAACCUCUGCGUGCACAUACCAAUUUAUAGUCUUCAGUCAGCAUAUCUUCUGUGAAAUUUCAUUCAUAUUUAUCUCGUAGGUUAUACUUCCUCUAUUCCUUUCUGUAAAUAUCAGACUGAUGAAGUUCUUGUUUUUGAUAUUUCUUAAUAUUGGACUACAUACUGUUCUUCACUGUCAGCCUCAAUUUUCUCAUUUCCUAUUCUUUGAAUAGUGCAUGGUUAGCCUUGGUUUCUCUGAGUCACACAACAUUGAAUUUUUUAUACACAUGCAUUUGUGGGAGUUUCGGACAAGGAAACCUGAUAACAACACUGGCAUUCAUUAUGUUAUUUCAUCAUUUCAAAUAUUGCAAAACAACAACAUAGGAAGUCAAGAAAGAAGUAAAUAGGUUUGUUUUAUGUCCGUUUCCUUUCCGAUUCUGUGGAUUAUUUUAUAUGUGGCUGUAGUGGUCAUUGAUCUUUAAGCCUGUGUCAUUGAUGUAUAUGCCCCUUUAAAUGUGUAUGGUCUAAUGUCCAGUUGCUGGUCAUCCUUCUUCAUAUUUGGUUGAUUGACCAUCCAUUCCCAUUGAUCCCGUUUCCAUCUUCAUUAUAGUCAGUGGCAUGUCAUCAAUAAUUUACCCUCAUAACUAUUUUAUGUUGUCAGUCUAUUGUGCUGUUGUACAACACAUUUGUACUGUAAAACAUUGAAGCUAGAGAAAUCUUUCCUAAAGGGAUUUUUGCUGAUUAUUUUUAACUCCAUACUUUAUUGUGUACCUGUGUACUUGAUUUGAAGGACUUUCUGUCCAUGCCAUCCACUUGCUUGAACUUUUACUCCAAUAACCCCCACUUGAAAAACAGGCCAUGCUUUAACACCUAUAUUUUCUAUAUAAAAUUCAAUUGCAUUAUAUUGUGAUCAGGACAUUUGAACAGUAACCCUGCUAAUUCAAGUUUGAUGAUCUUGUUCAAUGAGGAGGGCAAAAGUUGAGGUGAUCUGGGUUAGAAUUGGUUUCCAACAACCUGUGCCCGUUGGAAGAGACUGCUUAAUAGUUCUAGUGGUCAGGCUCAGUGUCUUGGUUGUUUCAUGUCCUUGUACACAUAUGGUGUUGACCAUUGCUCAUAAUAUCAAUCACUUGAUUGGCUGGUCAGAACUUGAUUUUUUAUAGAUGGAAUAUUGCUCAGUGCAGUAUUAAACAACAAAUUAUAAGUUGUCCUUAUGAGUGAGAGUCUGAAUUUUACACUGGGGAUUAGAGAUGUCAACAUAUUGUAGGGGCUCUUCUGUUAGCCUGCUAAUGGCAUAUGGUCGUCAUUAACUGUCAACUCCUGCUGCUUCAAGAAGAAUAUAAGCAGUUAUUACUGUACCCAGAGUGAGAGGCAACCUUUCACUAGGUAUCUGAUUGUGUGCCUGGUAAUAUUUUCAAACAAAUUGUGAUACCUUUUACACAGCAUUAUCAAUCUUGCUGCACAAUUUUCUUUCAUGUCAUUCCAACAUCUAUUCUGUAUUUUAUUAUCAAAGUAUGAAAUAAUCCUUAUGUAUGGAUAAUUAGAAGGGAUUUCUUUCUUUUUUUAAAUACCAUAGUGCAGAUCUAAAUAUGGACAUUCUUUGGCUUUGAUUGUUCCUCUGUUUCUUGCUCAUUACACGAGUAUCAAGUCUUUGAAUGGCAUUUAGAAGUGAUACACACAAGGAAGAGAACUUGUGGAUGUCAACUUCUUUAUUAUUGGGAGGUUCCUCAUAAUAAAGAAGAAAGAAGAUGACAUCCAUAAAUUAUCUUCCUCAUUAUACCAGUAGACAUAAUCAAUGUAUUGUGUCAUCAACCCUUACUAAAAAUGUUAUAUUCACAUUUAAUGUUACUCGAUUUAUUUUGGAAAUGAAUUUUUCAUGUCUGUUCCAGCUUGAAAUAACUUGUAAGAUUUGUCUUUCAUUUGAAGCCUGCUACAAUGUGUAUAAUGGUUAUAAUAUUCCUUGUUUACAUUAACACUAGCAUUUGGUAUGUAUUACAUUACUUUGUGUUUGACAUGCGUCGUUACAUGUGUCUUUAGUAUCUAUGUUUAGUCUAUGCAGGAAAUAUCAUUGAUAAGCCUUUGCUCAUGGAAACAAAAAAGUCAUGGAAAUAUUGUAAUUUGCCUGAAUUAGUUUGUACAUGGACCUUUGGCCCAUCGUUCCUAUUCAGCUCAAUACAUAUGUUUUAAUAUGAUCAUGUGCCUAUAUAUGUUAGAAACCAAUACAUGCAGAUAUUACAUUUUAGUUUUUUAAAGCGAAUUUUAGUUACUGUGUUGUUCCAGUGAUAUUUUGUGUUUGUGCUCAAAUCAAAGUUUGGAGUAGAUACUCAUAUUUACCUUCAUCACCUUCUUCACAAGAACUGGUUCAUUGUUUUAACUACAUUAGAAACUUUUCAGUUAAAUACCCCGGUAAGCAAAUUGUAAGCCUGGUAAAUAUUGAUAUUUAUGUUUUUAAUGUCAUCCAAAAAGAAGAAAUACUGUCUCAUUCAUAGAAUUAUGGAAUGUAAAAUGAUAAUGAGAUAUGUGUAUGUUAUAAUAUCAUAUAUAUAUCGUAUAUACAUACCAGUAUAGGAAAAUGGAAGAAUUUAGUGAAUGGAUUGCAUAGUCUGUAAUUGGUUAUGUCUGCACACACAUAUAAAUAUUUUUGUCAUUGACAUUAAGAAACUGCAUAGUCAUGCAUAUUAAAUACAUAUAUAGGUCACUGAAGGAAAUUUGAAGUACCAUUAUUAGGAUAAUGCUGGGAGACAUUUGCACUACCUACCUUUGAGAUUUUGUCACAAGGUGUCAUAAUUGAAGGUCAACACUCUUUGUAUCAUUUGUGUAUCAUUGUACAUAUUCUAUUUGAUGGCAACCAAAACAUUUCUUCAUCUUGUACAUAGCUGUUGUACAAAGGUAUUUCUUGUACAUAGCUUCAAGUUUUGUACAUAAGACUAGUGAUAAAAUUAAAGUAUACAUAUGCAUUGCAAGUGAAAACAGUU